GCCCCUGUGAGCGCACGGAUCCGUGAACGCCGCCUGUGCUCGGUCACUGCUGUCUGUGCCGCUGGAUCUCUACUGAGAAAAAUGACAGCGGGUUCUGUCUCAGUUCCUCAGGUCAUACCUCUUCGACUCCCCCUUCCAGGGAAGGCUAAACAUGAAAUAGACACAAAUACUCCUAUAGAAGUAAAGUCAGAUACACCUGAGGUCACUAUUUAUUACACUUUAGAUGGAAGUAAGCCAGAACUCACUAGGAAACCUGGCUAUGGAGAGCAUAACACUUUUAAGUAUAAGGGACCUAUCAUGUUACCGGUUGGGAAAAUAAUGGUCAAGGCAUUGGCAGUUACAAAGGACUGCAGGGAAAGUGCCAUUGUAACAAAGGUGUUUCUGGUAGAAUACAAACCACCAAACAUCCUCUUCUCUGGUGAAGAGAAUGAAAAGAAUUUCCUAAAGGAUCUCUCCGUACAGGCCUUUUCGUGA